UUGGUGCAGCCGCGCCUGCCCGGCUCCUCACUCUGGCAGCCUCCUCCUGGACUCACCUCUGUCGCACGCCCCCACGCAAAAACGUCGGCGCGUAUAUUCGGGCAAUUACGGACCCUUCUCUCGCGUGUGCGCCGCGACGCAUGCUUAGUCUCCGGGUCAGAUGAUGCCUGUCAUGGCCGCCUCCGUGGCCUGGGGAGGCGUGAAUGCUGGGUUCCUGCUGCGGGCUGCCAGGGGUGCCUGGUGGUGCCGAUCCGGGGGCUUUUGGGGGUCCGGGGAGGCGGCGGCUCCUGCGAUAGCCAAGAAGUUCCGGGCGACAGGCUCGCGCCCGGCGGGGGAGGAAGAAGCCGGCUGUCCCGAGCGGCCUGGGGACGUAUUCCACCUGGUUCCUGUGCCCAUCAUCCAGUUCGUCAUCUGCACCCCGAUCUGUCCCCAGGGUGAACGUGGUGUUCGUAGACCGGUCAGGCCAACGGAUUCCGGGGCCUGUGAAGCCUCCCUGGCGUGCUCCACCUGCCACGUGUAUGUGAGCGAGGACCACCUGGACCUUCUGCCUCCUCCUGAUGAGAGGGAGGACGACAUGCUGGACAUGGCCCCCCUCCUCCAAGAGAACUCCCGGCUGGGCUGCCAGAUUGUGCUGACACCUGAGCUGGAAGGGGCUGAAUUCACCCUGCCCAAGAUCACCAGGAACUUCUACGUGGACGGCCACGUCCCCAAGCCCCACUGACACCGGCAGCUGGAUGGUCCCAGACACUCACGGCCCCAGGGCCAGGACUGGAGGAAUAGCCAAGUUGCCAGCCCCGCCCAGAGCACGGGACAGGCCCGGGAGAGAUGGCGGAAGGAACCGGAAGGCCAGAACCCCUGCUUCAGAGAGAUCCCACGUCCAGGCUCUGGUGGGGACAGGGCCCCUGUUGGGGCAGCCUCCCCCAAACCCCUGAGAAUGGGGGUGUGGAUAGGGGUGGACUCUAAUCGGAGAGAUAAUAAAACCGUCUCACAGAC